AUGGUCGCCUUCACCCCAGUCGUUCUUUUGGCUCUUGCUGCUUCCACUGCUGCUGCCGCUGAGCAGACCAUUUCCACCUCCACCAUCACCAUCACCACCACUGUGUUGGACCCAUCUGAGUCUUCGUCGCUCAUUUCUGCGUCCAAGGCGUCUGUUGCUUCUGAGGCGUCUGUGGCUUCUGAGGCAUCUGUUGCUUCUGAAAAGUCUGAAAAGUCGGAAGCUUCUGUUGCUUCUGUUGCUUCUGAAGCUUCUGUGGCCUCUGAAGCCUCUGAAGCGUCUGUUGCUUCUGUUGCUGCUGAGUCUUCCAAGGCUGCUGAAGCAUCCAAGGCAUCUGCUGUUUCUGCUGCUUCUGUUGCCUCUGAGGCUUCUGCAAAGUCGGUGGCUUCUGAGGCUGCUGCUGCUUCUUCGUCUAAGGCUGCUGCCUUGACUGCUUACCAGGGCGUUGUGGCUGUUGCUUCUGCCAACACCACCACUUCUGCUCCAGCUGCUUCCACUAGCGCUCCUUUCGCUAACAACACUGCUCCUUACCCUAGAACAUACAACAACGUUUCCAACUGGACCAACGCCAGCUCAGGAAGCUCUUCUUCUGGUCGUCAAAGCCGUACCAGCUCUGGCUCUGCUAGCUCUACUGGCGGUUCCAGCUCUACUGGUGGUUCUGGCUCUGGUUCUACUUCUGGUGCUGAAAGCUCCUCUGGUAACCAGGCUGCUGCUUUGGGUGUCGGUUUGGGUAUGCUUGGUGCUGUGGCUGUCCACUUGUUGUAA